UUAAAAUUGCUUAAAACACUAAUAACUUUUGUUUGUAUUUUCUCACAAAAAGGGGCCUUCCAGAGAGUAAAAGCAACCUCAUCCAUUUUAUUCAAGAAGUCCACGGACAUUACCUGCUUCAGCGCCCACUACACACUCCAGUCGUAGUGCACUGCAGCUCUGGUGUUGGCCGUACUGGCGCCUUCUGUCUGCUUUAUGCAGCGCUGCAAGAAAUUGAGGCUGGCAAUGGUAUACCUGACCUGAUCCAGCUGGUGAGGAAGAUGAGGCAGCAAAGGAAGAACAUGCUGCAAGAAAAGCUUCAUCUCAAAUUUUGCUAUGAGGCUGUCCUUAAACAUACAGAGCAGGUUCUGCAACGUCAUGGCAUUAUUACAUCCCCUUGCACCAGGACCCCAAAUAACAUUGCAUUAAAGUCAUACUCGCGACAGGAGUCUCAGGACAUUGUUCUGGGAGGAGACAUGCCUAUUAGUUCCAUACAGGCCACUGUGGCCAAACUUAGCAUUCGACCACCCAGUGUUGACCAUGAACAAGAGUCCGGCCAAGACCAGAUUCCCUCCGUUUCCGAAGCGGCAAGCACAGUGGAACCAGAUCCUACAGAAUUGUCACUUCAGCCUUCUCAGGACCCGCUUUGUUAUGAAGCUAUGCCUGGUUUCAUCAGUCCCCCCCUCUCUUGCACCUCUUCUCCAGGCAAGACGCAGUCACCUUCACCUCCUAGUGGCCAAGGGAAUGGGUUCACUGGGUCCACUCCUGCAUCUCCAGUCUCAAAUCACCAGCCAUCCACUGAAGCAGCGCCUCAUGCUCCUUCUCCGCCCCCCUCCUCAUCUUUAGAUCUGCUUGCUUCUCUCACACCUGAAGCCUUCACUCUGGACAGUGCCCAUCGAGGCAAGCAGCGGAUUAACAAGCAAAGCUUCCUUCAGCCGCAAGAAGGUAAAGGCCUGCAAGGACCACCAGAGGGCGACGAUCCGCUCAGUAGUUUGGAUCCUCUCUGGACACUCAACAAAAGCUGAAACAACAUAACCAAGCUCUCUUUUAUCUUCUCCCCCACAGGCAGUCUUCUUAUGAACUGUUUCUGACCCCGUGUAACAUCUUGUCCGUGUUCAUGCCUCUUGGACCCUAUCACUGUAUGUAUGUCUGUCCACUUGUGUCCUGAAAAGUCUUUUUUUCAGUUGGCACUUUUCCAGCUCUGAUCCUGGUUACAUUCCGUAAAUCCGGUCUCCUAGCAUGCACUCCUAAUGCCGUGGUGUUUGUGAUUGCCUGUAAGGUGCCUCUGCAGUGGGCACCAAAAAUGGAAACAUUGAGAAUGGAAACAGUGUGAUAGAAAAACUGACAUUCAAGCUACUGUUGUCAUUAUCAGAAAACAUAUUAACAGUUUGACUGAGCGACUGUCUGCUUGCCCUUUGUACACAUGCUGCUUACACUGUGGGUUGUAUAUUAUUAGUCACCGCACCUGUCUUUGAGCUACAGUGAUCUGCAAAGUAUAUGUAGGGACAAAUUGAAGCGGGUGAUGAAAAUACGACUUAAUGUACUCGUUAUACUUAAAACACUCAAAAUUCUGAAUCACUUCAGAAAUCAUAGCAUUUUUAUGAGCUGAUUCUUUCUUUGAACUGUGUAAAUAAAUCUUAACAAAUGUCAAUAUGUUGGUCUCAUUUGAUUUGUUUUUCAAACUAUAGCAAAUAGCAAAAAUAUGAAGAGGACAAGUUUUUUGGGGGGUUAGCAUGGACUCAUUAGCCCCUGGUGGUAGAUGCUGUAACUACACCAACUUCCUCUAUUGACCGCUAUUCAAAAAUGCGCAAUGUUUGAAAUUUAAAUAAUUUAUUUUAUAGUAAUAUUUACAUAUUUUCCCAGUCUGCUGUACAUCACACAUUCAAAUUUGUUAUUUGUUCUGAAAACUUGUCAUCACCCACCUUAUUCUCAUGUUACAAUUCAUAUUACCAAUUUUUCCCUCCAUCGAGUUGCCCUUUUUUUAAAUAAAUGCAUGGUGUUUCUGUUUACUGUCAGGUUCAGUUUGCAAUUUAGUUGACAAUCGUUAAAACCUGUACCACUAAGCUAAUGUUUAAAGAGUAGACCAAGUGCAUUACCGUCAAUGCAUUGUAACUUAUUUUACAGCAAGCUACAAAUACUGUUGAUAGGUUGUUAUAUUUAACCCAGAGAAAACACAUUUUGUAUGAAAGCCUUUUUAUUUGCGAAUUAGUACAAAGUUUUUUUUCUCCGGUGUUAAAAAUAGAACAGAGCAUUAGUUACAUCCUCUACUGUCUGGUUACACUGUGUAGUGUAUUUGGGAAAGACUGAGAAGAGGGCAGAGCAGCCCCCCCCCAAAAAAAAGACAAUAUUUACACCCAGUCUCUCUGCCCCCUCCCCAUCUUAAGAAACAGUGCAACAUUCAGGCAUUUCACAUCACUUUAAACAUCCUCCACUUCUACUUCAGCAGCAGUAAGAUACAGCAAGUUGACAGCAGUAUUUCACUUCAAUACUGCAUGCAUCUAUCAUGUCUAGGAAUGUGCUCCUCUGGGAAGGCAGAGCGAGCAGUAAAAUCAACACAAUGGAGCUUGGUGCUAUUUCACUUCUCGCAAUAAAACGGCUGCCAUUGUAUUUGGCAGCAACCCUGCCAUCAAGUAAAUGAUGCUUUUCAGUAUGGUCACGGAAAUGAUUAUAAAUCAUUGUCUUCUCUCAGCACUCUGUUCUCAUGUGGUUAAUGCUUAAUCUAAUCAUGUGACAAGUUUUAACCACUCAUAAAUAAUUCUGAACAAUUCCCAGCUGCUAGCCAUACAUUUGUUCUUGAGCGAUAACUGGCCAUACAUCAUCACGUCAUGGUGAAAAUGAUUGUUUUUUGCUAUUUCUCAUGUUUAAACAAGAUUUGAGCAUCCUUACAACAGCUGCACAGCUGGUCUUAUGAAACUUCAGCCGUAUCAAUGCCACAAUCACAAACCCACUGAAAAAUGCACAUACGUAUACUUAAAAAAAAAAAAAA